AGCUGGAGCCGCCUCUUCGGCCAGUGGCGUAGCCGACUCUGUGUCACGGCCAGACAGACAGGGGCGGAGGUCCGGAACCCAAUCUGGACCCGAGCGGAGGGCCAUGGAGAAAGCGGCCCGAGGCGCUCAACACACCAACUAGGGCGGGCCCGCUGCGGCUGUAGGCGCCAUGGACCGAGCCCCCACAGACCAGAGUCUCACUCUUGCUCCAGGUUUGAGUGCUUUGACAUCAUAGCUCACAGCAUUACAGCAACCUCAAACUCCUGGGCUCAAGCUGUCCUCUUGCCUCAGCCUCCUGAGUAGCUGGGAUUAUAGGCACUUGCCACAACACCCAAAUGUAAAGCUGUCAGCUGAGGUAGAGCCGUUUAUUCCCCAGAAGAAGAAUCCUGAUACAUUUAUGAUCCCUAUGGCUCUCCCAAAUGAUAAUGGAAGUGUUUCUGGUGUAGAAUCGACUCCAAUUCCCAGCUACCUGAUUACUUGUUAUCCAUUCGUGCAGGAAAAUCAGUCCAAUAGACAGUUUCCUUUAUACAAUAAUGAUAUACGAUGGCAGCAGCCAAAUCCAAAUCCCACAGGACCAUACCUUGCCUACCCCAUUAUAUCUGCUCAGCCACCUGUUUCUACAGAGUAUACAUAUUAUCAGCUGAUGCCAGCACCAUGUGCCCAAGUUAUGGGUUUCUAUCAUCCUUUUCCUACACCAUACUCCAACACCUUUCAGACUGCAAAUACUAUAAAUGCUAUAACUACAGAAUGCACUGAGCAUCCACAUCAGCUUGGACAGGUCUUUCCAUUGUCCAGUCAUCGGAGCAGAAACAGUAACAGAGGACCUAUGGUACCAAAACAACAGCUUUCGCAACAACACAUAAAAAGCAAAAGGCCACUGGUGAAAAAUGUAGCUACUCAGAAAGAAACAAAUGCAGCGGGUCCUGAUAAUCGAUCAAAAAUUGUGCUUCUUGUAGAUGCUUCACAGCAAACCGAUUUCCCAUCAGAUAUUGCUAACAAGUCUUUGUCAGAGACCACUGCCACAGUGCUCUGGAAGUCCAAAGGCAGGAGGAGAAGAGCGUCCCACCCCACGGCAGAAUCUUCUAGUGAGCAGGGGGCUAGUGAAGCCGACAUUGACAGCGACAGUGGUUACUGCAGUCCCAAACACAGCAACAACCAGCCUGCAGCUGGUGCUUUGAGAAAUCCUGAUUCUGGGACCAUGAAUCAUGUGGAAUCGUCUGUGUGUGCAGGUGGUUUAAAUUGGUCCAAUGUAACUUGCCAGACAACUCAGAAAAAACCAUGGAUGGAAAAAAAUCAGACUUUUUCUAGAGGUGGAAGGCAAGCUGAACAAAGAAAUAAUUCACAGGUUGGAUUCAGAUGCCGAGGACACAGUACUUCCUCAGAAAGAAGACAGAAUUUGCAAAAGAGACAAGAUAAUAAGCAUUUAAACCCUAGUCAAUCCCAUAGAAGCGACCCAAAUUCUGAGUCUUUAUAUUUUGAGGAUGAAGAUGGGUUUCAAGAAUUAAAUGAGAAUGGAAAUACUAAGGAUGAAAAUAUUCAACAGAAACUUUCUUCAAAAGUUUUGGAUGAUUUACCCGAAAACUCACCAAUCAAUAUAGUUCAGACUCCAAUUCCCAUUACCACCUCAGUUCCUAAACGUGCAAAAAGUCAGAAGAAAAAAGCUUUAGCAGCAGCCCUUGCUACAGCUCAAGAAUAUUCAGAAAUAAGUAUGGAGCAAAAAAAAUUACAGGAAGCUUUAUCAAAGGCAGCUGGAAAAAAGAAUAAAACACCUGUGCAGCUAGAUUUGGGGGACAUGUUAGCUGCUUUGGAAAAACAACAACAAGCAAUGAAAGCACGGCAAAUUACUAAUACCAGACCUCUGUCAUAUACAGUGGUUACUGCAGCUUCUUUUCACGCUAAAGACUCUACUAACAGAAAACCUUUAACAAAAAGUCAGCCUUGUUUGACAUCCUUUAAUUCUAUGGACAUUACUUCCUCUAAAGCAAAAAAAGGAAAAGAAAAGGAAAUUGCAAAGCUAAAACGACCCACAGCACUUAAAAAGGUUAUUUUGAAAGAAAGAGAGGAAAAGAAGGGGCGUUUAUCUGUGGACCACAAUCUUUUGGGAUCUGAGGAACCAACAGAAAUGCACUUAGAUUUUAUUGAUGAUUUGCCGCAGGAGAUUGUUUCCCAAGAAGAUACUGGACUGAGCGUGCCCAGUGAUACUUCUCUCUCUCCAGCAAGUCAGAACUCUCCUUACUGUAUGACACCUGUAUCACAAGGCUCUCCUGCUAGUUCUGGAAUAGGCAGUCCCAUGGCGUCUUCAACAAUAACCAAAAUUCACAGCAAAAGAUUUAGAGAGUAUUGUAAUCAGGUUCUUUGUAAAGAGAUUGAUGAAUGUGUGACUCUUCUUCUCCAAGAGCUUGUCAGUUUCCAGGAACGCAUCUACCAAAAGGAUCCUGUAAGAGCAAAAGCAAGGAGACGGUUGGUUAUGGGUCUAAGAGAGGUUACCAAACAUAUGAAAUUAAACAAGAUCAAAUGUGUUAUAAUUUCUCCAAACUGUGAAAAAAUCCAGUCAAAAGGUGGCCUGGAUGAGGCUCUCUAUAAUGUUAUAGCCAUGGCACGGGAACAAGAAAUUCCUUUUGUGUUUGCACUUGGAAGAAAAGCUCUAGGACGCUGUGUGAACAAACUGGUUCCUGUUAGUGUAGUAGGGAUCUUCAAUUACUUUGGUGCUGAGAGCCUGUUUAAUAAGUUAGUAGAACUCACGGAGGAAGCCAGGAAAGCGUAUAAAGAUAUGGUUGCUGCAAUGGAACAGGAGCAGGCUGAGGAAGCUUUAAAGAAUGUGAAAAAGGUACCGCAUCACAUGGGACAUUCUCGGAAUCCCUCUGCAGCAAGUGCCAUUUCUUUCUGCAGUGUUAUUUCUGAACCCAUCUCUGAAGUGAAUGAAAAGGAGUAUGAAACAAAUUGGAGAAACAUGGUGGAAACUUCAGAUGGACUGGAAACGUCAGAAAAUGAGAGAGAGGUUUCCUGUAAGCACAGCACUUCUGAAAAACCCAGUAAACUUUCUUUUGACAUGACCCCUGUUUGUAAGCAGCUACCCUUAGUGGCUGCAGGCAAUACUACCUCAGCUACAAAUGCUGGGAAAUCCACAGCAAGUGAUAAAGAGGAAGUGAAGCCAGAUGACUUGGAAUGGGCCUCCCAGCAGAGUACAGAGACUGGCUCUUUGGAUGGCAGUUGCCGAGAUCUUUUGAAUUCCUCCAUCACCAGCACCACUAGCACUCUUGUCCCUGGCAUGCUUGAAGAAGAGGAUGAUGAAGAUGAUGAGGAGGAGGAAGAGUAUACUCAUGAACCCAUAUCUGUGGAAGUGCAGCUCAAUAGUAGAAUUGAGUCUUGGGUCUCAGAGACCCAGAGAACUAUGGAAACCCUUCAGCUUGGAAAAACCCUCAAUGGUUCUGAGGAAGACAAUGCAGAACAAAGUGGAGAAGAGGAAGCAGAGGCUCCUGAGGUGCUGGAGCCAGGGAUGGACAGUGAGGCCUGGACUGCUGAGCAGCAAGCCAGCCCCGAGCAGCAGAAGCCCAGCAGCUAUAGCUCAGUGAACAAGGAGCUCUCUGAUUCUAAUUAUACACCCCAGAAUAUGUAACUCAGGAAAUGUUCACUGUCUGUCUCCACCUGUGUAAGGGUUGCAGCCAUUAUUUUCAUGCUUCAUCUCAACACUUUGCACUGUCCAGUAUUUAAUAUAUGUAUUUAAUUCCUGACAAAUAUUUUUGUAGCUUUUACUUGUUUGUUAUGAUCGAUAGCUUAGCUUUUAUUUAGCUUUUAAGUGUCUUUCUAAGAACUAUGUGGAACAUGUAGAUAUGUUUCAACUUAUUUUGUAAUGGAAAAUAAUUAUUAAAAAAGAAGACCAAGUUUUAAAAAGGAAAUAAAUUGUAGAUGCCUAUUUAAAGACAUUUUGAUAGCUAAAGAUCAAGGUUUUAAGGAUAGAAACAGUUACUAGCGUUUGCUUUAAAUCUGCACCUCCUUCACUCUAAUUUGUCUGACUAAAAAGUUGUUUGGUCUUUAAAAAAAGGACUGGGGAUAAGAGUAACUAAGUCCACAAAGUGUUCUAUGUUAAAAGAUUGAUAUGACUUUUAUUUGGUCAACAAACACUUUUCAGAAGUCACUGAUCACUGUAAUCAGUUAUGUUGUGAUGGGCAGAGCCUUCCAAACUUAGGCUAGCAGUGGAGCCACCGGGUGAGACUGGAGCUGGCCAGCCGCAUUUGUGGAAGGCGAUGAAUGUUGUCUGUAAUAGUGAACAUUUUAUCCAUAAUAGGACUGUCCAGGUUCUGUUAUUUGCUUCUUACUUACCUCAGGAAUGCUCUUGUACAUAGACUUUAUAUAAGUUAGGCACAUUUUGACAGGCGAAUAACUGUAACCGAUUGUAUGACUGCUGCACUUACAUGUGAACUGUCCACAACAGAGUCUUAUGCUGGUGUGUUCUCUUGCAUGCUUCUGGUUCAGGACCCUCUUGAUUUGACAUACGGAUUUGAUUGGCUUUCUAAACUUGUCCUGAGUGCAAAACCAUUUCACUUUUUACAAAUAUAUAUAUAUUUUACUCCUAGCCUUGAGCACGUCAUGUUCCAUGUAGCAAUGGCCAUAAUUACUGUCAGGAGGUCAGGGAAAGGAACUUCACACAAUUUGUAAUGUGUAUCUUGAAAAUCAAGGUUUAAAAAAGGAAGUUAUAGAAGAAAAAAGAAAGUUAUUCUAAAUGUGCUGAUACUAUAAGGUGAUUUAGAGUAUACAUAUAUAUACAGGUAUUAAUUCUCUAUUCACUAUUAUUUAUCUUUGCUCUUCUCUAGGAAUGUGUGUACCUGCUUGGGAGACAUUAAACUUACUGAGCUAAAUGUUUUAUUUGCUAGUCACUGCCUGGACUUUAGUAGUCUCUACAAGUUUAUAUAAUGGUAAGAGAUUGACAAAGUAUCUAUUUUUCUGUCUUCUCUCCAAUUCACGCCCACCCCCCACCCCCCAUCUCCAGCUGGCCAACACAUGAACAACACACGUGUGUGCCAGCUUUCCACUUAACAAAGCUCCCAUAAGCAGGCACAAAAUGAGAAGGGAAGGGUAUUUUCCCUGCUGUGGUUAUACACUUAUGGGGCAGGAGAGAAGAAUUGGGCAGAUACUUUACUGAACUUGUUGGGACUACUGUGCUAGUUUUGAUGUUUUAUAAUGCUAGCAUUUAACUACUGCAAAGAUUAGAUUCUUGGUUGAUGAUUUUGUACUUGUGAAUUGUGAAAGUUUAGGAGCAUUGCUGUGUAGAAAAAAUCUUGGUCACCUUUAUUAUUGUGCUAAAAAGGGACAUUAUUAUACUGUCCUGUCCAACCUUUCAAUAUAGACUUCCUGGGCACUAGUUAAUUAUUCAGUAAAGGAACGCAGCAUGUAAGGAAAUGAAGCCUCUAAAAUAGUAAUCAUGGAAUUAUAUAUGGCAGAUCUUACUGUCUCUACACAUUUGGAAGUGUUAGUUGGUUUAAAGAAAUGAUAGAGGUUUUGAACUACUGACAAUCUUAAAGGUGAAUUUAAAAAAUUUUCAUACUUUUUAUGGUGUAAAUUUCCUUUGCUUGAUGUCAGUGAUUCAGAUAACUCUUGACCUUGAGGUAAUGGCUUUAUAAAGGUUUCUUAUAUUUUUUAUCUCUCUGAACAUGAAUCAUCAUUUUAGAUUUUUGACAUUUGUAUCAAAAGAGAAAAGAAGCUGAAGAAUCUUCAAAACACCAAUAACUUAAUUUUGCUAUAGAUUUCAGAAGUGUCCGUUUGUAUGUUCACUAAAUGCUUUCACAUGUGCAGUACCUUUUCUGCCAGCAAAUCCAAGGGACCAUAGCCUUUUUUAUAUGAGACAGGUCACUUCUAGAGGACAACCCAAGAUUUAUUAAAGGAAAUGCUACUAUGUUGAAAAUAUGCUUAAGUAUUAAUAAUAUCUUUAUAAUUUGUUUUCCUUUGAAUAAAUUUUAGAAUUUGUAUAUGUUGAAUUACAGGCUUUGGAAGAAUUGUGAAAAUUAGCAAAGUGGUGUGUUUUUUUUGUUUUGUUUUGUUUUGUUUUUCUGGAAAUGGGUAUGGUGUCUCUUUGGAGACCUAGAAAGAAAUCUAAUGGUAAGAGUAAGUGUUCAUCAUUACAAGAAAUAAAAACAUAGUGAUUUUUUUUUUUUAGUGUGCGAGGUUGUUUUACUGGCAAUAAUAAUAGAUUUCUAUUUCAGUAUGUAAGUAUACAAAUUACAGUAUGAAUUACACUCCCAAAAUUAGAUUUCUGCUUCAGUAGGUUUGUUUGCUGUGAAGAUUACUUCUCAAAAGACAAAUGUUCAUAUUAGCUUAAUUUUUGGUUUAAAUAUGUUUGUAAAUGAUGUAAUAUAUUUCUUUUGACUAAACGUGGAAAAAUAAUGUGUGUUAUACAUUGAAAAGUUUUUACAGGCUUUGACUGGAGGUCGUUUUUGCAGAGAUGGUAUUUUAUAUGCUUCCAGUAUUGGGAAAAGAAUUAGUCAAAAGUAAUUCACAUAGUUUAAAUACUGAGAAAUGAAUAUCCAAAUAAUGUACUUGUUUGAUUUCUUAAUAAGCUGGGGGAGGGGUGGGUGGGUGGGAACUGAACUGUGCAAAUGAGUAGUGAACGCUACAUUCAUUUUCAGCUCUUUAACCUAAAACUGUUAAAGCUUAACAUAUUGUUACUUUAAUGUAUUAUAAAGAAGUACUAUUAUUUGUAAAGCUGCUGUUUGCUUAAAAAUACCACCCUUGUCAUUUAAGUACUUUCUGUACCUUGUGCCAACAGGUUAGAACAUUAAUCCAUUUAAAAAUUUAUCUUCUUUUGAUUUAAAAAAAAAUUUCUGUGAAAUAAUUUAUUUACACACAUCUUAUCUUCCUGCUCCUUUAUCCCUUCCAGCCUUUACACAUAGAUUCACCUAAACUGUUCACCUUAUUAGAAAUCUGAAUCCUAAUUAAUGAUAGAUUUAAACUGUUGGCACAUCACAACUUAAAAGUAUUUGUAUUAUUUUAUAAUUUUAUUUCUAAAUAUACCACGUGGAUUUAUAAUUUAAUGUCUUAAUUGUAAUGCUCUAAUAAAAAACUAGUAAAAUUAGUAUGAGUUAUGAAGGGAUUUUCAUCUUGUCCUUUGCUGUAUGAAGGAUAAUUGUUUUAUCACAUUUGGGGGGUAAUAACAGCUUUUUUGCACUAUGUAAAUACUAAUGGGGAUUCUUCUGUACUAAUAAAAUGAUUAUUGAAAUGAA